AUGCAGACUACACAGCGCACCCACAGCUUCCUUGACGAGAUGAACGACAAGUUGUUCAAGCCCAGGGGUCUGUACGCCAUGGUUAUGAAGUACAUCCCCCAGGGGACAAGACCAAUAUCCGUGCAGCAAGCGGACCUGAACACGAUCAUCAGGAAAGAAAAUGCGCCCCACAAAUCGUAUCAGAACUUUAGAGCAGUAAACGCGGGCCGGUCGUACGGAGCGAUCGAGAUGCCAGACUCUGCACCAUUGGUAUUCCCUGCCCUGGACGAAGCCGCGCAGACGCAAGACCCGGCAAAGGCGAGCAAACUGAAGAGCAGCAUGGCCUUCGUGACAGACUACUACGACAAGCGGGCACAGGCGUCCUACUUGCACAAGAACCCCGACCAACGCCUCGACCUGCCCAAGCCCGACUUCGGGACCCGCGUCAGCGAUCCCAACCAUCCCGCAUUCAGGGGCUCGUGGCUCACGCUGAUUUCCGGCGGCAAGAUCCCACCGAAGGCUGAGCGGCGAGCGAGGAGACGCGAGGAGAGGAUCCAGGCGGGCGUUGCACCGAGUAGGAAACAAGAGAGGAAGGCGUGGAAGCAGAAGAGGAAGCUGAUGAAGCAGAAUGUGCUGUAUCUGAUGAUUGUCAACUUGCCGACUGAGCAGGAAAUGGAGGCGGCGAAGAUGCAGGUGCAGCAGCAGGCGGGGAUGAGAUAG